CGGCUCUCAUUUCCACCUUUUAAUAGCAAACGGGACUGAUGAUUGUAUCAACAAGUUCUUGUCGCUUGUUCGGUCGGUUUUUCAUAUGAAGCUCCGUUUUCACAAUUCGUUCUCACUGCGCAGACUCGGAUCUACUCGCUACUUCCUGCAUGCAGAAGGCCAGUCUCCAGUGUUGACAUCAGAAAAUAUCCGGCAAGACAACACGAGCACCCAUGCACUGCUGUAAGAAAAAGAAAGAGUUCGAGGUAAAGAAGAUUCAGGAAUGGCUGCUGAUGUUGGUUGUAAAAAGUCAGCUGCUGGAUAUUUAGCUGAUCGAAGGCAGUGAGUGAGCUUCAACAGUGACUCCACCACAAACCUUCCACUUUCUCAACCGGGUUCAACAACAAUAACAAGAACAACACAUCUCCCAAAAUGCAUACUAGCUGUGACAUCCACCAAAGUCACAAGGACAUGGAUGACUCAUGCCUCACCUCCACAUUGCCCCUUGGCUGGAUCAGAGAAGUAAGGCAGCGGAAAGAAGGGAAGACAGCCGGCAAAAUAGAUAUCUACAAUACAAGUCCCCAAGGGCAGAAGUUCCGCUCAAGAGCAUCCCUGCGUGCUUUCCUCCUAAAAGAUGGAGAAGGGAACUUAGAUAUAAACCUCUUUGAUUUCACCGCAUCCAAGGACAAUGUUGUCACCACUUCACAAUUACUCCCCUCCCAAGUAAAACAGAGGAGAAGAAAGAAAAGGAAUGCAGAUGGACAGCAGAUGAUAACAGAAGAUGCAACAACAAAUAAAUCUGAAAGAGCCCCUUCCUCCCUCAGAUGUGAAACUAAAGACAGCAAAGUAAAGAGUGCAACUGUGAAGUGUGAAACUGCACCUACGACCACAGAGGAUGAUGUCAAACUGCAGAAGAGCCCUCAGAUGGCGGGUCAGACUUUGAGAGAGAAGCUACUCAGACUGGCUCCUUCCAGUAACCAACAAAACACUCUCAUUGUUCACAAGGACGAAGAGGCAGACUUGCAGCCUUCUAUCCCGACUCUGAAUGUGGAGCCUGCCACUGAGAGAAAGAACGAGGGUGAGGAUGAACGAGACGGAGAUGAGAUGCAGACUCACAGCAAAGGUGACAACAAGUCUAAUUCUGAACUGGAGGCGGUCGCUGAAAGUCACCGAGAUGAGGAAGGCGAGGUGUUGUUACCUGACAUCACUGGUGGGAGCUGCACACCAGUGAGAUAUUCCCAGAAUGAUGAUCUACACUGUCUGACACCUUAUACAAGUAGAAGUUCAAAGUCCAAGAGUAUGGAAGACAAGCGAAAAACAAGCCCUUAUUUCAGCAGGAAACCCACCAGAGAGGGCCUAAGCCCACCCAGAAGGAAGGCCUUCAAGAAGUGGACACCCCCUCGCUCACCCUACAACCUGGUACAGGAAACCCUUUUCCACGACCCUUGGAGGCUCCUAGUGGCCACCAUUUUUUUGAAUAAGACCAGUGGCAAGAUGGCCAUACCAGUACUGUGGCAGUUCUUUGAACGUUACCCGUCUGCAGAGGUGACCCGUGAGGCCGACUGGAAGCCCCUAUCCGAACUUAUGAAGCCACUAGGCCUUUAUGAGCUUAGAGCCAAAACACUCACUCGAUUCUCAGAUGAAUAUCUGACUAAACAGUGGCGUUACCCCAUCGAGUUGCAUGGUAUUGGGAAGUACGGCAACGACUCCUAUAGGAUCUUCUGUGUGGGCGAGUGGAGAGAUGUGCAACCUGAAGAUCACAUGUUAAACAAAUACCACGCCUGGCUGUGGGAGAACCAUGAAACACUUGGAAUCUGAAACACGUAAUAUGAGGAACUGCAAGGAAGAUUUGAUGUGGUGCAGACAAGAAAAUCAGUCACACAUAAAUCACAUAAACAAUACACAUAAAAGUAUUAGUGUUAUGAUGUACAUGCAAUAUUAAAACUGGACACCUUUCAAAGUAUGCAGUUAUAUUACCUCUUCCUUUUAAAAUGUUUUUUUUUUACUUGAUGUGUAAUAAAAUGUUUGGUAUAAAAGUUG